CGAAUAAAUACGUUAUGUUAUAUAUGGAAAGCCCCUCGAUCAGAGCACGUUUGCGUUGCGGAACCGUUAAGAAUGACCUAGUUCAUUGAAAAAUAAUUACCGUAAACACAUGAAGUUAAUCGAAUUGUGUUGACCAAAUGCAAACCACAAACAACUCUAAGCCCAAUCGAGCGCAGCUCCUGGAGAUGGAAAGAUGACAGCUCGCCUGUCAAUUUCAAUUUUACUGUUGCUUCAGUUGCAGUUGCAAUGUAGUGCGACUGUCUUUAAAUUGACAAAUGCCGUGUGCGAGUCGUUCAACAAAUCGUGGGUGGAGUUCGAGCUGUGUCGCCUUAGAGCUGUGAGCCGCCACAAGGUCUACCUCAAUCUAAAUGUCACUCUGCAUCAGCCAAUUAAUGAUAUACACAUUAAGGGGCAGCUGAUGAAGAAAGAGAAUGGCUAUAAGCCCUGGCUCUACAGUGUAUCCUUUAAUGGUUGUCAGUUUAUUCGUCGCCGAAACAAUCCGCUCAUUAAACUCGUCUGGGAUCUCUUUAAGGAAUAUUCAACCCUCAACCACACCUGUCCCUAUGUGGGACAGCAAUUGAUAAAAGAUUUUUACCUCAGAAGUGAGAAGCUUCCCACUCCAAUACCCACAGGUGAAUAUUUGGUGCAACUGACUUGGAUAAUCAACAAGAAGCCAAUAGCUGCAACUAAUUUUUAUUUCAUGUUCGUGGAGGAUCUCUAAGAAAAUAA